UGUAGGUGAGCGUUUCGGGCUGUGUGAGCGAGCGGGGAUGAGGCGGGUCACGGCACCGUGGGCCGCCCGGAUGGUGGCGGCCGUGCUGGCGCUGCUAGCCGGCCAGGGUCGCUCUGAAGGCGGGGAGGCGAGCCUGGCGGACCGGGUGAUCUGGGCGGUGAACGCCGGAGGCGAGGCGCACACGGACACGCACGGCAUUCAGUACAGGAAAGACCCUCUGGAGGGGAAGGUGGGCAAAGCCUCAGACUACGGCAUGCGUCUACCGAUCCUGCGGUCCAGUCCCGAGGAUCAGGUCCUGUACCAGACGGAGCGAUACAACGAGGACACGUUUGGGUACGAGGUGCCGAUCCGAGAGGAGGGAGACUACGCCCUGGUGAUGAAGUUCGCCGAGGUUUAUUUCGCCCAGUCCCAGCAGAAGGUGUUUGAUGUGCGUUUGAACGGUCACAUCGUGGUGAAGGAUCUGGACAUUUUUGACCGUGUUGGUCACAGCACGGCUCACGAUGAGAUCGUUCCGUUCUCCAUACGGAGGGGAAAGCUGAGCGUUCAGGGAGAAGUGUCCACUUUCAACGGCAAACUGACCAUCGAGUUUAUAAAGGGUUACUACGACAACCCCAAGGUGUGUGCGCUGUAUGUGAUGAAAGGGAAGCCAGAAGACGUGCCUAAGCUGCAGCCGCACCCCGGGCUGGAGAAGCGAGAGGAGGAUGAGGAAGAGGAGGAGGAGGUGGAGGUCGGAGAGGACGGGGUGAAGAAGAGCACCUCCACCUCUCGGAAAAACCCCGUCCGCUCCGGCCCGCGAACGCCGAACCCAUACGCCGCCGACAACAGCAGCCUGAUGUUCCCCAUCCUGGUGGCGUUCGGGGUCUUCAUCCCAACACUGUUCUGCCUCUGCCGCCUGUGAGGGGCGAGCGAGGU